AUGGCCGCCGCCCUCCGCUGCGCCCUCUGUAGCUGCCUCCUGCUCUGCGUAUCUGGAAUAGUGCCAAAACCCCAAAACGCAAGAAUUAUUUCAGUUAAUCUUCGUAGCAUUUUACAGUGGGAUGCACCUAGGUUUCAUGAAGGGAAUAUAAGUUACACUGUCCAAUCUAAGAGCAUCAAUUUCCCUGGAGACACAUAUGAAAAUGUGAGCACAAACUUGAGACUCACAGAGUGUGAUGUCUCUUCUCUGUCUGCGUAUGGAGACUACAUUUUACAGGUCAGAGCAGAGUCAGAAAAUAACUAUUCAGACUGGGCGACCAUCAGAUUUAAGCCAAUGGAUGACACAGUCAUUGGGCCACCUGAUGUAAAAGCGAAGUCAGAGUCUGGGUCCCUGCAUGUGGAUUUCAUAGGCCCUUUCGCUGAACAUGAACAUGACAAGUGGCCUCUAAAGCAAUAUUACGGCUCGUGGAAUUACAGAAUACUGUACUGGAAGAAAGGCAGCAAUAAAGAGGUAACUCACAUAGAUACUAGACAUAACUCUGAAAUACUAUCUCAGCUGGAGCCAUGGACGAUAUAUUGUAUUCAAGUGCAAGCAGUUAUCCCCGAGUGGAACAAAACAGGGAAACUGAGCGGAGAGCUUUGUGAGCAGACAACCCACAACGGUGUAACUCCUGUGUGGAUAAUUGUGACCAUUCUUAUAGGAUCAAUGUUGGUUAUUGUAAUAGCUGUUCCUGUUUGUUUCUUUUCCUUUUUGUAUCUGUAUCGACUCACCAAACAUGUUUUCUGCCCUUCGUAUAUUUUCCCACAACACUUGAAAGAGUUUUUGAGCAAGCCUCCCAGUGGUUUGCAAGUUUUUUCUCCACUCCCACAAGAAGAGCAUCUUUUUUAUGACAAGCUAACUGUCAUUUCAGAAGAAUCCAAAAAUCACGGUGAUGAGACUGGGGAUGAGGCCAUUAAGACAACAGAGCACCUUCAGGACUCUGAACAAGCAGAUUCUGAUUCAAGAAUAGUACCAGCUUCAGCAAGGGCUUAAAUGCCCUCCUUGUACUUCACUCGGACCAAAAGAAAAGGAAAUGAGCUGCUGACUUUAUUUUCUUAUUGCUGUAUUCUUAAGACAGUAAAAAUUCAUAUACUGAGAUGUGUACAAGACUUUUGACAGAAUCCUAUUAUUUUUAUAAAGUACAAGAAGCUUGACUAUAAUGAGGAAUUAAAUGAUACGUAAUUUUUGCCACUGUUUGUAGUGGCUCACUGUUAAGUUGUAGCAAUACCUAGGACUGUAUUAUGACAUUAAAUUAAAAAGCAAAUAUAUAUAUAUAAAAAAUACUAGAUAAUUUAACUUUGAUGAACUAUUUAUUGCAAAAGCUAAUAAAAAUGGCAUAUUAUAUAAGGUUUGUAAAAGAAAAUCGUAUUUUGUAAAGAAAGACCUGAUCUGACUUUUUUUUAUGAGAAAUUGUGUGUAUUUCUUAAGGAUAU